UAUAAAACCAACUGGCACUUGAAGGUAAGCCAUUAGUUCAGUCACAGCUCAGCUCGUGCCCACAGUAAGCCUUUGUUUGCUCCCAUUCACCUGCGCCCCACCAAUUAAUCGAACCAGCCAAAACAUGAAGGCGUUCAUUGUCCUGUCGAUGGUCCUUGCUCUGGUAGCCAGCUUUACCGUUCCCGAGCAGUCGACAGAUCGGCGGAUCCGGCGGAGUGCGUGGGGCGACAGUGAUGAAGGAGAGAUCAAAGAAGUCACCGUCCACAAGACAGUUCAUGUGCCAUACCCAGUGGUCAAGAAGGUCCCGGUGGUGAUCGAGAAGAAAGUCCCGGUGGUGAUCGAGAAGAAGGUUCCCGUGUACAUCAAGGAGAAGAAAACACCCAUCACCAUUCGUAUCAAGAAACAGCGAAAAAUUCAUCAUGGCUAGUAGGGCCAAGAUUUGUGUGUUUUAAGUCUUAGUGUUUUUUUUUGUUUCAAUAAGAGAUGUGAUUUAUGA